AUGAGUGAAGUAACAGCUGAAGAACCAAAACCCAAGGCUGCUGGGAGUGAACCAAACACAGCUCCGUCUGGUACAGGAGAAGUAGAGAGGAAAGUACUGGCAACCAAAGUACAAGGAACAGUGAAAUGGUUCAAUGUGAGAAAUGGCUAUGGAUUCAUAAACCGGAAUGACACUAAAGAAGAUGUUUUUGUCCACCAGACAGCAAUCAAGAAAAAUAAUCCUCGCAAAUACCUGCGGAGCGUAGGGGAUGGAGAGGUGGUGGAGUUUGAUGUUGUUGCUGGGGAGAAGGGUGCUGAGGCAGCUAAUGUAACAGGCCCGAAAGGAGCUCCCGUCCAAGGAAGCCGAUAUGCUGCCGACAGGCGCAGGUACCGCCGUGGGUACUAUGGACGCAGAAGGGGACCUCCAAGAGAGGGAGGAGAUGGAGAAAUAAAAGAUGGUGCUCCUGAAGCAGCCCUACCCCAGCAACCAAAUCGCCAACCUACCAACUACCGAGGAAGGUAUCGCCGACCCGUGUCUCAACCCAGGUCUGGUCUACCUACUGGAGAAAAUGAAAUGAAAGAAAACCAACUUGAGACAGGGGCUCCAGAACAACAACAGCAGAACCGCCGCGGUUUCAGAAGACCAUACAAUUAUCGUCGUCGACCUAAUCAGGCAACUGCUCCAACACAGGGAGGCAAGGAAACAACAAGGCCGGCUGAAAGCACAGCCGAGAAGCCUGUGCCAGUGGUUGAGAAAAGCAAUGCUGUGUAA